AGAGCAGGGCGGCUUAGUCAGUCAAGUCAGCCAGGCAGCCAGCCGGGCGAGAGAGUAAGCGAGCGAACGAGUUCUUUAAAGAUGGCCGGGGCGGCGGCGGCUACGGCAACAACGGCAGCAACAACAACAACAACGGCGACGACCCCCGUGUACUGCGUGUGCCGGGAGCCCUACGAUGUGAGCCGCUUCAUGAUCGAGUGCGACAUAUGCAAGGACUGGUUCCAUGGCAGUUGUGUCAGAGUAGAAGAGCACCAUGCUGUUGACAUUGAUCUGUACCACUGUCCCAAUUGUGCAGUUCUUCAUGGACCCUCCUUGAUGAAGAAGAGAAGGAACUGGCACAGACAUGACUAUACAGAAUUUGAUGAUGGUUCCAAGCCAGUACAAGCUGGAACAAGAACAUUUGUUAAACAGCUACGUGCUCGCUCCUUCCCAAGUGCUGAUGACAUCAUUUUGAAAAUGCAUGGCAGCCAGUUGACACAAAGAUACCUGGAGAAGCAUGGGUUUGAUGUUCCCAUUAUGGUUCCUAAAUUAGAUGGCCUAGGUCUCAGGCUUCCUCCCUCUACUUUCUCUGUUCUGGAUGUGGAACGAUACGUAGGUGGUGAUAAAAUGAUAGAUGUUAUUGAUGUGGCAAGACAAGCAGACAGUAAAAUGAAGCUCCAUAAUUAUGUUAAGUAUUUCACAAAUCCUGACAGACCAAAAGUAUUAAAUUUGAUCAGCCUUGAAUUCUCAGACACAAAGAUGUCUGAAUUAGUGGAAGUCCCUGAAAUCGCCAGAAAACUUUCUUGGGUUGAAAACUACUGGCCAGAUGAUUCAGUCUUUCCUAAGCCUUUUGUUCAGAAGUACUGCUUAAUGGGAGUUCAAGAUAGCUAUACAGAUUUCCAUAUUGAUUUUGGGGGAACGUCUGUCUGGUAUCAUGUUCUUUGGGGUGAAAAGAUAUUCUACUUGAUCAAACCUACUGAUGAAAAUUUGGCAAUCUACGAAUCUUGGAGUUCAUCUGUCACCCAGAGUGAAGUGUAUUUUGGAGAUAAAGUUGACAAGUGUUACAAGUGUGUAGUGAAGCAAGGACAUACUUUAUUUGUUCCCACAGGCUGGAUUCAUGCUGUGCUCACUUCUCAGGACUGUAUGGCUUUUGGAGGAAACUUUUUGCACAACCUCAAUAUUGGCAUGCAGCUCAGGUGUUAUGAAAUGGAGAAAAGGCUAAAAACCCCAGAUCUUUUCAAAUUCCCUUUCUUUGAAGCCAUCUGUUGGUUUGUGGCCAAAAACUUGCUGGAAACUUUGAAAGAACUGAAAGAGGAUGGUUUUUACCCUCAAACCUUCUUAGUACAAGGAGUGAAAGCUUUACUUACUGCUUUAAAGUUAUGGAUGAAAAAAGAUCUUGUAACAGAACAUGCCUUUGAAAUUCCAGACAAUAUAAGGCCUGGACAGUUAAUUAAAGAACUAUCUAAAGUGAUUCGUUCUGUAGAGGAGAACAGCAAACCAGUUAAAACUCAGGGAAUUAUUGGUGUGUGCCAAGUUUCGCGAUCAUCAAAUGAAUCAGCCUCCACCCAUCAUUCCAGACGAAAAGCAAGGAAGCUACGGGACCAUGCCAUCAAAACUCCAUCUAAUUUGGACAUCUUGGAGCUCCACACAAGAGAAGUUCUCAAAAGACUAGAGAUGUCCCCGUGGGAAGAGGACAUGGCAAAUGGUAAACUGAAUGGAAGGUUUAACAAGCCUCUUCAGCCAUCUUCUACUGUUCCUGAAUGGAGAACGAAGGACAAUGAUUUACGGCUUUUGCUGUCAAAUGGAAGAAUUAUUAGGUUAUUUUAUUACAGAGAUGAGAGGCAACCUUUUAGAGAUCGAAGUCUUUACACUGCGGACAGUGAAGAUGAGGAUGAGAGAGCAGAGUCAGAGAAGGAAAUAAUAGUUAAGGUAGAAGAACAGAUCUCCCAGGAAGCAGAUGGCAGUGUAGAUGCUCAGAAACCACUGAACAUGUUCUUUGAAAGUGUGAAAUCAGAACUCAGGAAUGGAAACUCAGAAUACUCUGAUAUUUCUGAUUCAGAAGAAUCUGAGCCUGAUUGCACUAACCAGCAAAAAGAUUUCUCUCUUGAGGAGUCAGAAAGCUCAGGUGAUGAGAAACAGGAAGUAACUUCAAAUUUUAGAGAGGAAUCUAAAAUAACAAAUGACCUCUUUCAAACCAUGCAGAAGCCAUCUAGACAUCUAGAAAUGACGAUUAAAAGGGAAUGUCCUACCUCGACCAGUACGGAGGAAGAAGCUAUUCAGGGCAUGCUUUCUAUGGCAGGAUUGCACUAUACCACUUGUUUACCAAGUCAUAUGCAGAGCACAGACUGCACUGAUAGAAGAAGCUCUCUUCAGGAACACAGAAGCUAUCCCAAAAGUAGGCAUAAAGACAAGCUGUCUUCCCAGAGUCAUAAAGCAGAAUAUGGUAAGCACAUAAAAGAAGAAAAGGAUGUGGGAGCUUCAACAUUUGCUACACAAUUUCAUGCAGUUUCUAAAGUAAAUCCUCAGGAUACAAGUAAGGCUCAGAAAUACUUCAAGAAGGAAGGUGCUUCUGAGACCUGUUAUAAAAUUCCAGAAAACAGGAUCCAUUUACAAACCAAUGCUUUGAACUUCCCCCACGGCAAGUGCAUCCAGGACUCGAGCUUGAUGGAAGGGGAGUGCAGGCUAAGUGAUGGCAGCCUCAGUCCUGACAGGCCAUAUGGUGAAACAUCGUUGUCUGUACCUCUUCAUCCAACUAAGCGGCCAGCAUCAAAUCCACCCCCUAUCAGCAACCAGGCAACAAAAGGAAAGCGUCCAAAGAAAGGAAUGGCAACUGCCAAGCAGCGCUUAGGGAAGAUUCUAAAGCUGAACCGAAAUGGCCAUGCACGCUUCUUUGUUUGAUGCAGUAGUUGCUACCACUGCUGCUGCUGUUCUUUUUAUGCACGGACCAGUACUGAGGGGGAACAGUGCCUGGAGCUUCUGUUUUAUUCCUCUGCUUGAAGCAGAAUGCAUGUACCUUAUUAGAACACUGCCUAAUGAACAAAAACUCAAUGCUGCAUUUUCACUGUGCCACACCUGCUCAGCAAUAACCAUUUGGGAAACAGGGGAAUAUUCAGAGAGACUAUGGACUUGGGAGAUGGUCUUUCUUCAGGGCUCAAUCAUUUUGUUGUUUCUGGUAGCGUCUGAGCUAAUUCACGAACAGAAGAGUGUGAUGAAGGUGGUUAUCAAUAAUUUAUUUGACAGAUUUUUUUUGCAACUAUUGAAUUCAUUUUAAAACUAUUUAUUUGUGGGAAUUAUGAUUAUUUUAGAUGUUGAGAAUGUGAAGGUUUCUGUUUGUCCUUUAUGUCUGUCUGUCUGUCUCCAGUGGAGAGCCACAUGAAUGAUUUACUCUGCAUUCAAACAAUUGAUAACAGGUAUAGUCUUAAACAUGGAUGUGAUGCAUUAAGUUAAGGCACAUGGAAUCACAUGUUAAUUUCUGCUCUUUAUAUAAGCUCUUGACUGGCUUUUGUACUGACUUCUAAAGUACGUAUUCUAUUCUUGCUCCUCCCUCUUCCUCCUCUCAUGUUUUGCCAUUUGUUCUGGAUGAUAAAUUGGCAUAACGUUACAAAGAGCUCUUUUCACACAUGUGUGCUUCCUCCUCCUGCCUAUUUGUUUCCAUAUCAUUGAGAACGAUUCAUGCUAAGCAUGGGUAGCUGUAAACCAAGGGUAGCACUACAGCUAUUAUUGAUUUAAGUGUAGACACUUAAAAUGUUUUCUUUUUCUUUUUUUGGAGGAAGGCUAUUGCGGCAGAGUAUUAAUGAAAGGUCUUAAGUUUUUGUAUAUAUGUAACUAUGUUUCAUAGCUUGCUAAAACUCAGAAUGACUAUUUUGUGUCAUGCUUUGCAAAUAUCCAGUAGUAAAUGCCAAUUCUGAAAUACAUGUAAAUAACUUAGAUGAUAAAUUUGUAUUUUUGUAAUAUAAAAUUGAAUAUUUAAGCUGUUUUUGGAGGAAAAGGGGAGGCAGCUGUACUACUACUUUGGUAAGAGGGCUAUUCAGUACUAAAGUGGGAAUACUAGGGAUACCGCUUUGGAUUUCUUCUUCUUCUGUUGAUAAAGAGGUAAAGCAUGGCCAAAGCUACUCAGUUGCUUGACUUCUUUUAACAUCAAUAAAAACUUCCAAGCCUUCAGGUUAUAUCAAAAAUAAAAUAUCUUUAAAGUCCCCAAAUAGGACUUUUCUGUGUUUAAACAAUUUUAUAUAUUCAGUAUUCGCUGCAUCUAUGUGUGUGUAUCUGUAUUAAACUAGACAGAAUGACCUUUGUCACCUAUCAGAAUAGACAUUAGUCAGACAUUCUUGGCUACUGCAGUUACUAAGACUUACUGGUAGCCAAAAUUCUCAGUGGAAACAUUUCAAGGCUGCAGUCCUUAACAGAGUUCCUAACACUUCCCAUUUAACUGAAUAGGAAUUAACCGCAUAGCUACAUGCAGGAUGGUAGCCAAAACAAUGAAGGUAGCAAUCUUAACUUGGAAAUAAGCCCCAUUGUAAUCUUUGGGACUGACCUCUGAGUAAAUAUGGUUAGUUGUGGAGUGUAAAUGGAUAAAAAUAGGAUAAUGGGAUUGUGGUGUGUCCUAGAUUUUGAAAGUUACCACACAUAGUGUUCUUCACUCUUCUUUCUUCAUCGAAUUACAGCUUUUUUUUUCAGCACUUGUGUGUCCACAUUAUAUAACUAAAACCAAACUGGAUAAGCUGCAUGUUGUCAGCAUUAUAAACGGAGCCAGUUACAGAAAGAGAAUUUAAUAGUAGCUUUUGGAAACACUGAAAUUUACUGGUUAAUCUGAAAUCACACACUUUUCAGAAUUGAUAAGAGAAAAUGAUUCCCCCCCCAGCAGUCCAUAUAUCUUUUAACUGAGCUACAGAUCAUUUAAGUUGAAAUACUUAAAAGUUCUCGGUUCCCUCUUAAAGUAAAAUUACUUGUCCUUUUGGUUUAAGCAGAAAAAGCAAUUCUAAAGUGAAUUUCAAAGCAUUUGCAUUUCUUCAGUUCUUACUUUAAAAUAUUCCAGUGAAUCCAUAGUAGCUAGCAGAUCCUAUAACUGAUCUCCUUUCUCUAAACACAUCUUAAUUACUAAAAUAUAGCUAUGGCCUUAUAGGGUGAUUGUGGUGGUAGAAGAGGAGAGGGUUUUUUAAUGGCUGUUACCAGUUACUUUUCUCAUUCCUCCACCCCCCACCAGCACUACGACUCACUUCCAUUGUCAUGAGCAUGCAAGCCUAUUUUCAUAGACAAAGAGAAAUACUUUCUAGAGUCUUCUGACUUUUUGUCUUUCAAAUACUAAUUGAGGGAAAUAUCCCCCAUUACCACUUUAGUAAGACUUUUACCAAAAUGAAGCUUUGGAUUAGGCAUUAAGAUUAAUUUUGAGGAAGGUAGAGUACAUCAAUUGUGUGCACCAAAAUAAAUUGCUCUGAAGCAAUAAUUAUUUUGGUGGCUUGAUCGAGACAAGUCUUGUUUGUGUGUUAAUAACUUGCUUGAUAGAAGCCCUUGCUGCACCAGACUUUUAUGUGUAACAGAUUGUCUGAAUUGGGUGCUAUAGUCCUGACUUCAUCAUUUCACUUCCUUGUGGGACAGGAAGCAGUGCUAAAGCCAUAUCUGACAGAAGGUUAGUGAACCUUAUUUUCAAAGAGAUUUUUAAAUCCCUGGAACAAGAGCUUCAGCUGUAGGGUGGAAUUACAAUAGACCUAUUCUCUCUUGGAGUCGUAAGGUGAUAGGAAUAUGUGAAAUGAAAUGUUUGGGUUUCGGCCAAACGAGAGAGAAUCGAAAAGGGCAUUGGUAUACUGGUGUUUAGUGACAUCCCCAGCCACAUUUCACUUUAUCCAAUAUUUACUCAUAAAGCCAGCCUACAAACUAGCCUCAGUUGACUUCUGUGGUAAGAUUUACCUAUGCAAUCAGUAACAAUGACAUACAAUCAUAUUCAAAACCAUCUCAGAGGCGUAGAACAAGAAGAGCUGCCUUUCUGGCCACAAUCUGAAAUGCUUACAUAAUGUUCUUCAGCCGAAGAGUACAAUAUCAUGGUCAGAUCAAAUAAACUUUACUUCGCCUAAGCUUUUCACAUGCCGUAGACUGCCUUCAUUUGCCAGAAUGUGUAGUCAUUUAAAAAACAAACAAGCAAACUUUGUAGGAUUUGAGUCAUGACUUGACACUUUUGCUUACUCUGUAACUGGUAGCUUAGAAGAAACCCAAUGAGACCCGAUGCUAUAAAUGACCAGAGAAUCCCCUGCAUAAUGCCUCUCCUUGCCCACAAUUUCUGUGCCACCAAAAAUCUCAAGUCAUCUUUUUGUGAGGAGGAGAAGAAGAAGAACUACUUGGAUUAUUCAUACUUCCAGACCAUUAAAAACUGUUCAUGGCCUUGGGCCUAAGUGAAUCCAGGGCAACUUUAUUUUGUGUCGUAAAUAUGAACUGAAUUUAAGGGCCUUACCGUUUUGUAGUUUAAACUAGGUUCAGAGCUGCAACAUCUGUUUUUUUCCAAAAAGGCAAAGAUCUGUCUACAAAAUGAAUGAAUCAUGCAGCACUUGGGUGGGAAUGAGACGAGCACUAAUUAGGAAAUGUAGCUGCUGCUGAAGCUGCAUUUCUAACUAGAAAAGGACUUUGAUUAUAAAUUUUAAGCCAUAAUAGUUUCUUGCUGUGGGAAGGGAAUGAAAAAUCACUUUAAGAGAUUAUAUUAAUAUGAAUUAUCACAGUUUUAACUUUGCCUGUGCUUUGGCAUUUUUAAAAUAUUCAUUGCAUUUGAAAAAAGGGGUUAGGUCUUGGCUAUAUUUACUAGUUUUGUAGUAGUGUUUUUGCUGAUGUGACUUCCCCCCACACCCUUUUUCUACUGUCAGUCUUAUUUCUAACUUGAAUGUUUGUGAAAUAGCUGUCUUUCUGCAUAGGGGGUUGUGUGUCCUCUGCUCCUUUUUACAGAAACACACUACUGUGUCGAGUGUUUUGGCUGGGAAAUGGGAUGCUGCAGCUUUAAGAGCAUUUUUCGAUUUAUAACAGUGUUUCCCAUCCCAUUUUUGCCUGCAGGCAGGGAAAGUGUAUGUACAGUAUUUAUUUUGUUUCAAUUUUACUUUAAUAUUUGUAAGUUUAUAUAAGUAGCUUAUUGAUUUCUUGUUUGGAAGGACAAGUGGCUUGUUUAAAUUUGUAUUUGACCAUAGUUUCCACUUCCUGUACUUCAAAAAUACUGAAAUUAAAAUCUGUAUUGCUUAUGUUUUUGA